CUAGACUAGCCUUGUCGGGCCCAAAUUGGAUGGGGCUUUUUCUCCUUAAAGGUAGCUGGGCUAGUUUUGACAUUCUUACAAAGUGAAUCCAAUGAAAUUUCAUACCGCGUGUGGACGAAAUGCUGAAUACGGUCGGCCGUCGACGGUCGAUGGCCCCGGCGUUGAAUUUAUCGAUAACCUCUCUGGUUCGGCCGCGCGAUCAGACGUCAGCGAUGAUAGCCUCACAUUUUUCGUUGUUCUUUUCCGCCAUGAACGAGGGCGGCCGGCUUUUCGCCCGCUCUCACAGUGGCCUCAAUUAUAAAUACCCCGAUUGGACGGCAUAGCUGCAGAAAAGAAGAUCAUUUCUUUCUUUCUUUCCGAUUCCUCACAGAAGUCAACCAUUGCAACAGCGAAGAAGCAGGAGGAGAAGAAGAAGAAGAAUACAAUGGCAGCUAAACCAUCGGGGAUUCCACUUCUCACCCCAUACAAGAUGGGAAAGUUGGAUCUUUCUCAUAGAAUUGUCCUGGCACCAUUGACCAGACAGAGAUCCUAUGGAAAUGUACCACAGCCACUUGCCAUCUUGUAUUACUCCCAGAGGACAACCAAAGGUGGCCUUCUCAUAGCUGAAGCUACUGGAGUAUCUGACACUGCACUAGGGUAUAAAGAUGUUCCUGGAAUCUGGACCAAGGAGCAAGUUGGGGCGUGGAAGCCGAUUGUUGAUGCUGUUCAUGCCAAGGGUGGCAUAUUUUUCCUUCAGAUUUGGCACACUGGGAGGGUUUCAAGUUCAGGUUUUCAGCCAAAUGGGCAGGCUCCAAUCUCAUCUACAGACAAGCCAAUGACCCCUCAAGGUCGCACUAAUGGCAUCGAUGUUCCAGAAUUCACUCCCCCAAGGCGACUAAGAACAGAUGAGAUCCCUCAUGUAGUCAAUGACUUCAGAAUUGCUGCAAAGAAUGCCAUAGAAGCAGGCUUUGACGGAGUGGAGAUACACGGUGCUCAUGGCUAUCUUAUCGACCAGUUCCUGAAAGACCAAGUGAACGAUAGAACCGACCAAUAUGGCGGGUCUGUAGAGAACCGCUGUCGGUUUGCUCUAGAGAUAGUCGAAGAAGUAAGCAAUGAGAUUGGAGCAGAUAGAGUUGGAAUAAGGUUGUCUCCAUUUGCAAACUAUUCUGAACUCGAACCCAGAAGCUUUAGGCCUAUACAUGGCUGAAUCCUUGAACAAAUAUGGGAUUGUCUACUGUCACAUGGUUGAGCCUAGGAUGAAGACGGUGGCCGAAAAAGUUGAAACUAUUCACAGUCUCCUCCCCAUGAGACAAGCUUUCAAGGGCACUUUCGUUGCUGCUGGAGGUUUUGGUAGGGAAGAUGGGAACAAAGCUGUGGAAGUGGAUCAUGCUGACUUAGUGGCUUAUGGGCGUUUGUUCUUGGCUAAUCCUGAUCUACCGAGGAGAUUUGAGCUCGAUGCGCCUCUGAACAAGUACAACAGGGACACAUUCUACAUUUCUGAUCCUGUUAUUGGGUACACUGACUAUCCUUUCUUAGAUUCAAAUCAUUCUGUUGCCUGAUCUGACUGUUACACAGAGUUAGCUGUCAAUGAUUUCUUUUUCAUUUCCAUCUGUUUAGAAUUGGGUUUGGGUCAGAAGUCAGAUAAAGAGAGAGGGAUUCUUCCUUACCAUGAGGGUUGAUUCUACAGAUUCUAUUUCAGUUUAUUGGCUUAUUUACAAGUUACAAUGCUUUGGAAUCUUUGAGUUCAAAUUGAUUUAUAGUACAAGUUAGCGCCCCCUCCACGUAAGCUUUUCCUAAAAUUUUACUCCGUCCAUGUCAGCCAGAAAAAGCCUCUUCCAUCCCGAUGAACCAGCAAUCAAUAACCCAUAGCCCAACUAACUCACAACCCGUUUGAAUCAAACUCAAACCCACCCAAAUGACACGUCCAUGGAAAAGUCAUAAUCACUAUUAUUUCCAGCUCAGUAUUGCAUCUACGAUCGUUGUCACGGGAUACCUGUAACUUACAGGUACUCAAUCAAGUCUUUGCCCAACAAAAGAUUCAGGUAUUUUGGAAUUCUUUAACUUUAACGGCGGCGGCCUUUUCUGGAAUCAUUCCGAGCAAUGAGACGGAUCGAAUGGCGUUGCUGGAGUUCAAGUCCAUGAUUACCAGCGACCCUUUGGGGGCUCUGAGCUCGUGGAAUGAUUCCACUCACUUCUGUCAGUGGUACGGCGUGUCUUGUUCCAAAGACAUGUCGGCAGAGUCACUGUUUUGAGACUGCCUUCUCAAAAGCUCUCUGGCUCCAUCUCGCCAUACAUUGGCAACCUCAGCUUCUUUAAAGGGCUACUUCUUUCCAACAACAGCUUGGGCGAGGGAAUCCCUCCUGAAAUCGGCCGCCUCCGUAGAUUGCAACGGCUGGUGCUCCAGGACAACUCGCUUGACGGUGAGAUCCCAUCCAACAUCUCAAGGUGCUCUGCCCUCACCGUGUUGCGGUUAAUGAAUAACAAAUUGGUGGGAAGACUACCAUGGCAGUUCGGCUCCUUAAACAAACUCCAAGAGUUCUACCUGCAUGGAAACAAUCUCACGGGAAGCAUCUCGCCUUCUUUUGGCAACCUGUCAUCUCUUCAGCUCUUCUAUGCAGGGCAGAACCAUUUCGUCGGGAGAAUUCCUGACGUUCUGGGCCGACUGAAAAGUCUUCAGGUUCUUCAUCUGCAAUCGAACAACUUGUCAGGUGAAAUCCCUGCUUCCAUAUUCAACCUCUCUUCUCUCACGCAAUUAUCCGUUGGAUUGAACCAACUACACGACGAGCUUCCCCAAAAUUUGGGAAGAUCGCUUCCAAAUCUUCGGAGCUUAGAUGUCGGUUUUAACCAGUUCACUGGUUCUGUUCCGACAUCUUUAUCCAAUGCCUCAAAUUUGAUUCUGCUUCAACUGCAAGUAAACGUAUUUAGCGGGAGCAUGCCUAGUCUGCAAAGCUCUCACAAGCUGAGUCGUGUUCACUUGACCAUCGACAGCAACUCUCUUGGAAGUGGGAAUGCUGAUGAUUUGAGCUUCCUCUCCUCUUUGACCAAUGGCAGCAGCUUGCAAGUCUUGAUCAUUCACCGCAAUAACUUUGGAGGCAGCUUAACAAACUUAAUUGGCAACUUCCCGACAAGCUUGGAGGAGCUAAGCCUAAGUGCAAACAAAUUCUCAGGAAGCAUUCCGAGUGGAAUACAGAACCUUGUCAAUUUGCAGAGGUUUUCGGCAUCUGAAAACGACCUAUCAGGUACAAUACCAUCCAAUAUUGGGAUCAUGAAAACUCUGCAGUGGUUAAAUCUGGAGAGCAACAACAUUUCAGGAUCUAUUCCAUCAUCUAUUGGAGCAUUGACCGAAUUGCUUAUAUUGACCUUGAGUAAUAACAGUCUACAGGGAGAGAUUCCUGCUGUUAUUGGGAAUUGUCAAAAACUGAUAGGUUUGGACCUUUCAUACAACAAUCUUAAUGGUGUCAUUCCCCCACAAGUUAUGAGUCUUUCAUCCUUGUCAAAGUUCAUGGAUUUAUCUUAUAAUAAUUUCAGUAGUGCCCUUCCGAUUGAAGUGGGGAGACUUAAAAACUUGGGUUUUUUGGAUCUCUCUCAUAAUAUGUUAUCAGGGGAAAUACCAAAUAGUGUUGGUAGUUGUAUGGUAAUGGAGACACUGAAGCUGCAAGGCAAUCUCUUUCAUGGAACCAUUCCUUCUUCUCUGAGUUCGCUGAGAGGGAUUCAACGAUUAGAUGUCUCAAGCAAUAACUUAUCAGGUCAGAUUCCAGAAUUCUUGGGGAGCAUGAAGAUGUUGCAGCUUUUGAAUUUGUCUUAUAACAACUUCGAAGGCCAAGUACCAGUAAGUGGAGUAUUCAAGAAUGCCAGCAUAAUUUCCACUGUGGGAAAUAGCAAACUCUGCGGUGGUGUGGUUGAACUUAAUCUUCCACCCUGUAACUUCAAACACCUAAAGAAGCAGACAUCGAGUCUGAGCCUUAGGAUGAAGAUUCUCAUAUCAGUAAUCUCCAGUUUACUUUUCUUGACCUGCAUGUGUUCUUGCUUGCUUAUCCUUUGGAUAAAAAAGAGAGGAAAGCAGGAUGCAAUUUCAGCUAACGACUCACAACUGCAAUUGUCUUACCACAACCUCUAUAAAGCUACUGAUGGUUUCUCCAUAUCAAAUUUGAUUGGCGUUGGUAGUUUCGGUUCUGUGUACAGAGGCGUCCUCGACAUGAAUAGGAUUGGAACCACCAUUGCUGUGAAGGUGUUCAAACUUCAACGUCAUGGAGCUAUCAAGAGUUUUAUGGCAGAAUGUACAGCCUUAAGGAACAUCAGACACAUAAAUCUUGUGAGGAUACUAACAGUGUGUUCGGGAGUUGAUUAUCAAGGGAAUGACUUCAAGGCUCUCAUUUAUGAGUUCUUGGCUAAUGGUAGCCUGGAAGAUUGGCUGCAUCCGGUGGAAAGUGGAGACGAGCCUCGAAGAAGAUUGAAUUUCCUCCAAAGGCUAAAUAUUGCUAUCGAUGUAGCUUAUGCAGUGGAUUAUCUUCACCACCAAUGUGGUACACCCAUGGUUCACUGUGAUCUCAAGCCUAGCAAUGUACUUCUAGACGAGGACAUGAGAGGCCAUGUUAGUGAUUUUGGGUUGGCAAGAUUACUUACAUCAAUUGCAAGUCCUUCUCCAACUACCCAGACAUCAAGCUCCAUUGGCAUAAAAGGAACGGUUGGCUAUGCUCCUCCUGAAUACGGUAUGGGAAAUGAAAACUCAAUACAAGGCGACGUAUACAGCUAUGGAGUGCUCUUGCUCGAGCUUUUCACUGGAAAGAGACCGACGGAUGAGACUUUCAACGAAGGCUGGAACAUUCAUGGAUUUGUCAGAAGUGCAUUGUCGGAUAAGUCGAUUGCAGAAGUUGUGGAUCCAAUUUUUCUCAAUGAAUUUCUUCUUGAUCAGACUACAACCCAUUGCAAUAACAUUAGAAGCAGCAAUAGCUCAGAGGAAACCAUCAACAUGAAGGGCCAAAUACUAAAGGAGGUUUUGAUCUCUAUUCUUGAAAUCGGUGUUGUUUGUUCUUCAGACGUACCACAUGAGAGAAUUAGUAUUAGUGACGUUGCUACUAGGCUCGUCACUGUACGAAAGCUUCUGAUUAGUGAAGCGAUAUGACGCUUUGCAGUACGAAUGCAUGCGAUGACAUGGGGCUUACAGUUUACCAAUCUACGCGUGAAGACUCGGAUCGAUAUGCUAUGGCUGCAUGCCCUAGUUAGUUCAUUUCCCAUUACCUAGUUUAGCGAAGCAGUAGUAUAUAUAAGCUAAGCAAGCAUUCGUAGCUAGCAUGCAUCGUGAUCUGAGUAUCACCACAAACUAUUAUCAGCUUUAGUUUCCUACGUGUUUUGCAUAAAGCAACUGCAGUGCGCCUGUGCUCUAAAAGAGUGAUUGUAGUACCAUAAUAAGAACAACAAAAGAGUGAUCAAUGAUCAUUAUUACCCAAGAUGAGUACUCGUUCGGGAUCUUGGUUGUAAUUUGCAGCUGUAGUAGUACUAAUACUACUUCACUUCGUUGCUGCUGCUAUUACUGCUGCCUUCUAUCCUUCUC